UGCAGAUAUAGGCAGAAAGCGAAGCGUAUUUCAUCGAUUGAGUUGUCUGCAUCAGUACGGGCCCGCGACUGUCGGUGUAAUGUGUGUGUAGUUUUUUUUAUUAUUCUUAUAUAUUUUUUUCCGAUUCCCGGUCGAUUGUUUAUAUGGAUGGAGCUAUACGAGGAGUGAUAUGAGUAUUCACAUACGUCAGGAGUCUACAGGCGUCGGUGCGUUUACUCCUUAUGUGACAGCGAUAUGCAAAUAGGACAUUGAUUUUGACAGCGUCGUUAGCGAACUCGUCCAACAUCACGUGUAUGUAGUUGCUUUUUGAAAGGUGUCGGCGAUAGGAGUGAAUAAGGUGUUCGCCGCGAAGGCCACCGGGCUUUUUAAGCACUACCCCGUGAUCGCGAUGGCAUUAGAAAUCCCCGAAUGUACGCGUAACGCGCAAUUGUUAUAUUUGACAGGCGAGUUAAAAGACAGCCCCGGGUCCUUCGAUGGAUUAAUAGCGGUUGUCGCACGCAGGUUAGUGUGUGCAGCGCCGCAGCUCGGAGAAUAUCAGGAUGAUCCAACAAAUGUUAGUCCGUCUGGGAAGAAGUUUCGGAGCAAGCCGCAGCUGGCCCGCUACCUGGGUAACCAGAUGGACCUGAGCUCCUUCGACUUCCGUACGGGGAAAAUGCUGAUGAGCAAGCUGAACAAGAACCGCCAGAGACUGCGGUACGAUAACAACAACCAGAACAAGGGCAAACCGGACCUGAACACAUCCCUGCCGGUCAGACAAACGGCCUCCAUCUUCAAGCAGCCUGUGACGAAGGUCACCAAUCAUCCCAGCAACAAAGUGAAGACGGAUCCUCAGAAAGCCGUAGACCAGCCCAGACAGCUCUUUUGGGAGAAAAAGCUCAGCGGUCUCAGUGCUUAUGACAUUGCGGAGGAACUGAUGAAAACAAUGGAGCUGCCUAAAGGCCUGCAAGGCGUGGGUCCGGGCUGCACAGAUAAAACCCUUUUGUCGGCCAUAGCCAGUGCUCUUCACACUAGCGUGGCCCCCAUCACCGGCCAGCUGUCUGCAGCCGUGGAGAAGAACCCCGGCGUGUGGCUCAACACGGCGCAGCCUCUGUGCAAGGCUUUUAUAGUGACCGACGAAGACAUCAGGAAACAGGAGGAGCUGGUGUACAGUGUGAGGAAAAGGCUGGAGGAGGCGCUGAUGGCUGACAUGCUGGCUCACGUGGAGGAGGCUGCCAACGAAGGGGAGACGCCGAAGGAGGAGGGCAACGGGAGUGAAGACAUGGAGAGCGUAUAGCACAGGUUUUCAGAGAGAAUCGCAUGUACGACACGUGCUGGCUUCAUCCUGAAGUUUUUGCACAUGUCAGAGCAUUUUGUACGUACGCCGUCGCACGGACUUUGAACAGUUUUCCAUUAAAAGCCAGAAGAGCUGACCACCCGAGUCCCUGUUUUUGUAAAUUUGAGCUGAAGACGUUGAUCCUCCCUUCGUCCGCCGUUCCAUAAGUUACCGUUUGGACGAGACGUACCGACGGCCACUGGUCGGGGGGAGGAAUGUGUUUGUACGCCAAUGUAGUAAGAAUGAAAUGGAGGAAACAUGCGAGUAUGGAGCGAAACAAACAAUGUAUGAUGAAUGAAGUUUGGUUGUGGAAAAGGUGAGUUGUUUAUGGGGUAAAAUAAAGAAAAGGAAGGAUGGGGCGCAGGAUUAGACGAGGAACCGUGCUGACGUCCAGAGAGUCGGCCGUAGUCAGUGAUGCACAUUCAUCGAGAGUGUCUUUGAUGUACAGUUUGAAUAGAUGAACUUUUGUUAUCGAGCGAGGUGUGCAGUACCGACCGAAGAGGGGACAUGUCAUUUCCAAGGGCUGUUGCGGUGGUGUCCAAAGGACCGACGUAAGCACGACAGAGGGAGAGAAAUGACGUGACGCUCCUGUCGUCUGACUGCUCUUACCCGACGGCGUAGCGGCUGGGCGAGCAGUGGGCCGAGGAACGUUCAGUUUGCACGCUUCCUCCUGGAGACAACAUGGUGCAAAAUGACAUGGUGUAAUUUGUAAAGGCUUUCUGUUGUUGUAUCAAUAAAUAUGAAUGACUUGACUCUGUA